AGGUCAGCAGAGUUUGUGUUUAUAGUUUAAGUCAUGGUUCGUAAAGAUGCUCGUUCAUACCCCUCGACUGCUCAGUAUCAGCGGCUUAGCCAAGAUGAUGAUGGAUUUGUCGAUGGUCAAUUUAAGGUACUGAGAGAAGCUUGAUUCCCACCCCAAUCACGGGAAGAUUUGGACCCAAGAACUUCCUCGCACCUGUCAAGUUGUGUAACGGUUGUGAGUUUGUCCCGUCUUCCAGGCCACAAAGAUGAGAUUCCGAUUUUGUUGGGAUGUCGACUGCCCCGAUUGGCUACUGGCAGAGAUCACGACUCUCUCAAAGCUGACAUCCGUGAAGCUGAGACUCCUGACAGGCAACGUAGCCAAAGCAAUCUACGGUCCGGCGUUGAGUUACGACGUCGUGACAAAGCUUGCUAAGGAUGCCAAACUUGACGAGCAAGGAGCCAAAGCAGUGGUAGCAGCUGUCCGGUGGGUUCUUGAGAGCGCAGCUGGAGCCGGAGUGACCGCCAAUGUCUUGGACUCAGAGCUCCAGCAGUUGGGUCUGCCCAAAGAACACGCAGCGGCCAUAACGAAAGUGUACACGGAGCACCAGGAAGCGCUUCAGGCGCACUUGAAGGGCGCGAGUCUCAAGGUGAGGGGUGAAACAACUUGGUCCUGCGAAGUCGUGGGCGUCGAUAUUGGCGAUGGGGAUCUCUCUCCAGUAGUGAAGCUCAAUCUGCACGACGAAUCGCAGUCCGUCAGAGAAGGAGAGGAGCAGGAGAGUGGAACCAAGACUAAUGUGACUUCUAUUGCUAUGACACCAGACCAGUUACAGGCCAUGAUUCAUGAGUUGACAGAAGCACGCCAGUUGAUGGAAGGACUGCAUUAAUGAACUCGACUUAAAAUAAGCACCUUGGAAGUUUUGUCUCCAGUUUUUCUCUCUUAAAAUGUGGGACAGUUUCCCAAGUGAAGAACCAUACAGCACUGAAUAUGGAAUCAACCGUACAGUAUAGUAGAUGAAUUAGGUAUUAGGGAAAUUAUGGUAAACAAAAUAUAGGUUUAAUAUCUACAUCAAUUAAGCUCCUUAUUAACUGAACUAUUGCCAUUCUUUUCAGGUAUUAGUCUACUGUACAAUAAUGAUCAGUUUAUUACUAACACAACUGACUAGGCGCUGAUUCACUAAAGUUCUAUAAAAAUUAAAUGAUAGGUUUUAAAAACAUUCCUGUUGUUCAGUAACUCCAUAGUUUAUAAAAGGUACAAAAUAACUAUCAGAAAAUGCAUCACAUCUGUACAUAGAAUAUUGACAUUUUUUUUAUCAUUAUGUAAAACCCCAUCAAUCAUAUAUGUACCUAUAGCAGUUUUCUGGGUGUUCCAGAGUUCACCAGUCUUUUGCCUGUCAGACAGAUGGAAGUUGUCUUGAGAAGCACGUGCCAUCUGGAUCCUACGUUUAUUGGUUACAAUCCUCCCUUCUCAUGAACUUGCAAUGCUGCUAAUAGGGCUUUUCACUGUUCUCCAAAUAUGUACUUCGUAGAGGAUUGCUAUAGCUAAAUUAUAUUCCAAACGAGGAACAGUGAAAGAGUGGACAAAGUGCAAAGACUGAUUUCAUCUGAAGAUUGGCAUCCCUUCAGUAUUAUAAGUCAAUGAAACCCGACACUAAUGGCCUUCAUUCCAAGCACUUACCAUGGCCACAUGUAUUCAUGACUCAUCACCUGUGAGAAGUGUUGCAAGUAGUCAUACGACUGACUAAUGCUUCUGCCGAGUAAAAAGAAGGAAGUAAAGGCAAGACAGGUUGCUUGGGCCAAGAGGAUGGACUUGUAUCUUCUAGUAAAAAUUCUUAUGAAGAGAAAGCAAGAGAAGACCUAGUGAUCUAGGACCUUGAUAAUCUCAUUUAAUCUCACUCAGACAUUAGUGCCUAAUCCUCCAGACCCAUUUCUGUUCCCAGAGAAAUGUCAGGGAGCUGCUGGAGUUGACCUGAGCAACAAGGGCAGAAAUUUUUAACAUCAAACAGUAAUACAGGUUUGCCCUCAGCAUCAGUUCACAUUGAGUGGAAGAAUGCAAUAAUUUUGACAAUCUCCUCUCCUGAGACCUGACCAGUGAAGGAUGCUAGACAAGCCUUGAGGAGAUUGUAUUCGGUUAAUAUUAUCAGUGUGACAGUCCUUAAUUGGGAAAUGUCUGUGUUCAUCUUUCCACUCCUCAGAGGGGGAUCUGCGAGUUUUUAACCUUGUUACAGGGAGGUUUUGUCAGUCUCUGUCGGGUGCUUUUUCUUCUAGUGCCAGUAUCCAUGAUGACAUAUACCCAUUGAGUGCUGUAAAAUUAUAUUAAAAACCGAAGGAAUUGUAGUUAAGACUAAUAUGAAGCUAUAAACUGUAUAAAGCCAGGUAAAAAAAAUUCAGUAGGUCGUUGGUAUCACCCAGUAUGAAAAGUCUUGUGCACUUUGGGGCUCCUGGAGGGACUGUUGGAAUCAAGAACCAACUUCUUCUUCUCAAGAAAAUUUUCUGAAAAUUCUUUGCUCUUCAGGUUGUAAAGGAACAAACAGUUUCUAAACUAAAACAAGUUUUAACACAAACCCACUUACGAUACACUUUAUGAUCACCUCCUAACCCAUCGCAUACCACAUGAAAAGUUAGGCACCAUCUGACUCUGCGGUGAUAAGACUGGUGAACCUAAAUAUAUUUUUGCCAUGUUAGCAUAUAGUAAUGAUUUUUAUUUGUGGGUAUGUAUUUGGAAAUGUAAGAUUUUCCAGAUUUUUUCAACUGAUUGAACUUCAUAAAGAUUUUCUUUUAAAAUGAUUUUGCAUUGUUAACUACACUGCAGAUAAAUUGGUUCUAUAAAGUUGCUGCAUUGUUUAAAGUAUUGUAAUAGGAAAUUAUUCAGUUGAAAACGUACAUUUUAGCAUGUUUUAUGUUUUAUGUUUCAAGUAUUUAUUACAUACUAAUCUCAUAUUUAUGUACCUGCAUCUGGUUAGGGCACAAAAUGCAAGUGCUGAAAAUGUUACCCACACGUUUUGCAAGUUUGUAUAUUACGUGGUAGUUUUGAAUCGUCAGGAUAUCUCACUCUUACUGUUUUUUGCAGAGGGAGUGACAACACAUGAGGCAUCACUAUUAGAAAAUUUUGAAGGCUGCUGGAAGGUAAAAUGCACCAAUUAAUGGUUCUUUGAACCAACGCUUACAGAAAACUGUGCUGCACAGUAUAUAAUUCAUCGUUUCAUUAUUACUAAAGAUUUUUUGAGGGAACCACACCACCUGAGUUGAGAAGGGGAAGGUUUUUAAAUUAGAAGACUCUUAACGUCUACCAUGGUUAGACUAGUAAGUGGAUAUCAAGAUACUGAUUGUCCCAUUGGUUGUGUUCAGCAGCAAGGAAAUGUCAAGUGUUGAUGAUUAUAUUAGAGGAUAAUCUAGUUACUGGACUUGUGCCUGAGUGUGCUUUUUACAUGUCAUGAUGGAGAAACACCAAAUUUCAGUAGCCCUCUGUGUUAAGAUGGGAGUUGGAGAUGAACAAUAGUAGAGGAAAGCUAAAAAUAGAGAGGAAGAUUCGAAUCUGGGAGAAAGACUUCAUCCUGAAGGGACUAAAAGUGGUUAACCAGUAACAGCCAGUAUUGUACCAGUCUAGCAGUGGUCAGCAUAAGCCCAGCCAAGGGAGCUUGACUUAAAGUAACAGUUAAAAUUGGAAGGGUACUAGCAGUCUGCCAGAAACCCACAUUGUGAACUGGUUGAGUGAGGAAAGGAUGUGCAAAGAAUCAUGAAGAUAUCUAUGGACUUGCUGCCAAAAUAAGGGAAUUUGAGACUUUGCCAGAUUUCAUCCCUGUCAAAGAGACACUAGAUAUUAGCUGAGAAAGUAGUAAGGCCCACUUGAGAGGAAACCUAAUAAAGCUCUCACAAAUCCCCAGUACUCAAAAUUUACUAUGCAAAAACAGGAAUCCCCACCACCAUCCACUUAAAAUUGGUCAGUUGUGACUGUAAAACAUAUUGCUCUUGGUAUCGUAGUGACUUGAGAAAACCAGUCAAAGAAGCUUCCACAGAGACCCACUGACAUUUCAAGAAGGAUUUCUCAACAGAAGUAACAGUGGAUGUGGUAUAGUUUUUCAUGGUCAAUAGAUCCUUUGUUUGUACUAUCAACAGGAGCAAAUGUUCCAAUCAGAUAACUCAAGUUCUGGCUCAGAGUUUUGGAACAUUUGCUACUGAUAGUAGGAAUAGAUGAUCCAUCGCUCAAGAAAACUUUACCGUUUCCUCUUUUCUUUCUGUUGAGAAAUCCUCCCUCAAAUGUAAGUAGGUUUCUGCAGCACUUGCUUUGCUUUGAGUAUAUUGUAGUGGCUUAGGAGAACCAGUCAAUAUUAUUCUCAUGUCUGAACAAUUCUAAUUGGAGGGUGGUAGGGAUUCCUGACUGCUGCAAAGUAAACUUUGACAUAUUAAGUGUCUUAUAAUUCCAUUAAACUUUGCCCUUCUUGGCUUAUGUUGUGUGGUUCCUUUGGAGAAGCUUUUGCAUAUAAAGAAGGAGAGCCAAUUACAUACAGCUGCUGACCAUUUUUCUAUUGUUUUAGUUCAAAAACCACAAAUUGGUAUUUUCCCUUCUAUAGGAACCAACUCCGCUUGAGUAGCCUUCAGAACUUUGAAUGGGUGUUGCCUCAGGUGUAGUCACUGUCUCUGUAAAAAGGGUAAGAGUUAAGUUCUGUCAAUAAAGGCCAAGAAACUACUGCAUGGUAGGUUACAUGACAUUUCUACCUAAUGGACAGCUAACUUUUGCCAGCAAACUUUCAAGAAGACUGAAAUGGAGAAUUUUUCAGGUGUGAGAACAAUGACAUCAGAUACAUAAACUUGCUGUAUACAUUCUCUUUUCACUAAUCUAACAAUACCUAUUUAUUCAGAACUUUGAUUAUCAUGCCUUAACCAGAAAGAUGUAGGCAAAAGUAUGAGAAAAUAUGUAGGAAUUAAUAUAAAAAUAUUUUCUGAUUAAGAUGUUCCUAAAUAUUAUUAUAAUUAUAUAAAAUAAUACAGAGUA